AUGUCAGCAGAUUCUGUGAAUAAGUUCAACGAGAAAACCGUUGUGCAAACAGCAUACAGCCCGAGCUACGCGAGCCCCGAGUCGACGGGGCCGUUCCGGCGGUUCGUGGACUCGUUCCGGCGGGAAGACACGUCGCGGAGUGGGGACCUGGAGGACGGCGAGAUCAACUCGACGGACACAACCAAGCUGCAGCAGAGGAUGCGCACGCGGCAUGUGGUGAUGAUGUCGCUGGGUACUGGUAUCGGGACGGGCCUGCUCGUUGCGAAUGCAGCGUCUCUACAUUACGGUGGACCAGCAGGCUUGUUGAUCGGGUAUCUGUUGGUCUCCAUUGUCUCCUAUAUCAUGAUGCAUGCGGCCGGCGAGAUGGCCGUGGCCUACCCUACGUUGCCGGGCAACUUCAACGCUUACUCAUCGAUUUUCAUCUCCAAGCCGUUCGGAUUUGCCACGGUGUGGCUGUUCUGUCUGCAGUGGCUGACGGUGUUCCCAUUGGAGCUGAUCACGGCGACCAUCGUCAUCAAGUACUGGAAAGUUUCUGUGAACGCGAAUGUGUUCGUGGUAAUCUUCUACCUGUUCAUCAUCUGUAUCCACUUCUUUGGUGCGCGCGGCUACGGCGAAACCGAGUUCAUCUUCAACAUGUGCAAGGUUCUGAUGAUUGUGGGAUUUGUGAUUGUGGGCAUCUUGAUCAACGUCGGCGCGAUUGGCGAUACCGGCUACAUCGGCGACCGCUACUGGCGGAACCCCGGCUCCUUCGUCUCGGGGACGCCGCUCGAUAAACUGAAGGGCACUGCAUACGUGCUCGUCACCGCUUACUUUUCGUUCGGUGGUAUGGAGCUGUACGCCCUGUCAGUCAAUGAGCUACCCAACCCGAAGACAGCCAUCCCAAGCGCCUGUAAGAAGGGUGUGUACCGGAUCCUGUUGGUUUAUUUGCUCACCAUGAUCAUGAUUGGGUUCCUAGUUCCCCACGAUAGCGAUCGGUUAAUGGGGUCGGGCAGCAACGAUGUCCACCCAUCGCCAUACGUUCUGGCUAUCGAGAUGCACGGUGUGAAGGUGCUUCCGCACAUUGUCAACGCCGUUAUCCUCAUCUCGGUCAUCUCGGUUGGCAACUCCGCGAUGUACUCGGCGCCCAGACUGUUGUGUGCGUUGGCACAGCAGGGCUACGCUCCCAAGCAGUUAGACUACAUUGACAGAGAAGGUCGGCCGUUGAUCUCCCUGAUCCUAUGUGCCAUAUUCGGGCUAAUUGCCUUUUCAGCUGCAUCCGAUAAUCAGGAAAAGAUUUUCAUCUGGCUUGCGGCCAUCGCCGGUCUCUCUGAGCUGUUCACAUGGACGUCGAUCUGCCUCUCGCAUUUCAGAUUCCGGCAAGCUAUGAAGCUUCAGGGCAGAUCACUGGAAACUCUUGGGUACCGUGCCAUCACCGGGCAAUGGGGCUCGCUAUAUGCCGUCUUUUUCAACCUCCUUGUCUUUAUUGCCCAGUUCUGGGUUGCCCUAGUUCCAAUUGCAAAGAAAAAGGUGGAUGUUCUGUCUUUCUUCCAGAACUACAUGGCUUUCCCGCUGUGGUUAAUCAUGUUCCUUGGCUACAUGGUGUAUAGCCGGAACUGGACCCUCCUCAACCCACUGGACAAGAUGGACUUGGACACCCAUCGCAGGGUCUACGACGUGGAGGUCCUGAAACAGGAGGAGUACGAGUUCAAGGAACGGAUGAGAAACAGUCCUUGGUACGUCAAAGUAUUGAAUUUUUGGUGUUAA